AUGGGUAAUAUUGAAAGUGCACCUAAGAAUGUUAAAGAAACAAUCAGAGAAAAUGAUAAAAACAAACAAGUUAAAAUAGUGUGUUCGUGGAUAGCAAAAAAAUCAUUGUUUAGUUGGUUUGGUCCCAAUCACUGGUCUGUCAUUUUGCAACUUGAUAAUGGUCAAUAUGCAUGUAUUCAAAAGCAUAACUAUAGUUUUGUAGUAUCGUUGGUGAGAAACUCAUUGGAGUCGGCAGCACUCGAAACCUGGGGUGAGACAGGUCGGAGAGUCAGGUUAUCAUGCUAUGGAGAGGUUGACAACAUCACAUGGAGCUCCUUCUUUGAAAGAUUUGUCUAUGAUCAAAGAUAUUUCUUACUUUUCGAUGAUUGCCAAAAUUUCUCAAGAAUAACAUGUUGUUAUGCUCAAACAUGUUCAACUAAUGCAAGUUGGAGAGAGCCAGUUGCAUCAGCUAGUGUUCCAGUUUCACCAGCUAUUCUCACACAAAAUCCAGCAUAUUCUAUCUAUGGAACAUCAGAUACUCAAUGGAGAGUGAUGUGUGAUUGGAACUAUGAUCAAACUACCUUGACAGUGGCCACAGGUCUUUCCAAUGGUUUGUCAGUGGCAGGUGCCCUGAAAUUGACUACCUCUGUUUGGGGACCAAGAUAUGUGUUUUUGGCAUCCAGACAAUCGACUACCAUUGCCUAUCGUGCAGGUCGCCAGUAUCAAGUAGACUUUUCUUUCCUUCUAGGUGAGACACAAGCUCAGUACAAUACCAUCACCAACAUCUCUGUUAUUAUAGCCAAGAAGAUCGAUGUCAACGGUUGGCCAAAUGGUUGGUUAUCCGAAGACUUUAUUGUUGCACGUAUCAAAGGUACCACCUAUGGAAGUUGGAGUUCCACCAACGCUUGGGUAACCAAACAAAUUCUAUUCACUCCUUCGAUUGAUAUUGCCGAGUCCACACUUUUCAUUCAAAUCUACUUUAACGAACUGUCUGGACCGACACCAAGAAAAUAUUAUUUCCGUGAUCUCAGAUUAACUGUACCAUCGUACGCAAUCACAACACCAGCCAAUCUGCUCACCCAAGAUUCAGAGUCAAUCGUACUUCCAAGACCACCUCAAUCACUUGAUCCACAAGACAUCUCGAAAUGUCCUUAUCUCCAGACUGGAUUGAAACAUUGGCACGAUCCAGCUACUUGGGGAGCAGCAGGUGUACCUUCUCCAAACACAAAUAUCACCCUGCCAGCCAAUACAAAAGUUUUGGUAUCAUCUUGCUCCAUGUCUUCAACUCAAGUGUACCAAAAGAUUGUUGUUCCAGCCACCAGUGAAUUGAUAUUCAUGGACGCCAAUAUGACUAUUAAUUUCCGUGAUAUCUAUGUACAAGGUAAACUUAUUAUGGGUACCACUCAAUGUCGUUACAAUGCACGAAUCAAUUUAAUCUUUAGCGGUGCCAAAACAUUGCAAGAUAAUAUUGCACCAUUCCUAGGAACAAAGGGUAUUGGUGUUGCACAGAAUGCAUUCAUUUCUAUGCACGGUAAACAAUAUCAUAACACUUGGACCAAGUUGGCUACAACUGCAUACACUGGUGAUCGUGUUGUCUACCUGUUGGACAAUGUAAACUGGGAAGUAGGACAACAAGUAUUCAUUACAACCUCUUAUAUGCUUGAUGAUCCUUCGUACAACCUAAAUGAAAUCCUUACGAUCGAAGCAAUCCAAGGAAAAAGAGUUCAGUUCACGCAACCGGUGCAAUAUCUUCAUUACGGUGGUCAAGAAUACCAAUCUGAAAUCGGUUUGCUCAGCAGAAGAAUCAAACUAUCUGGUUCACAAGCAGAUUCUACUGAAGCCAAUGGAUUUGGAGGACAGUUGAUUAUUGUAGGAGAAGGACAAGUUGCAGGAGUAGAAUUCGAACGAUUUGGACAAAAGAAUCUAAAGGCUAGAUACCCAGUACAUUUCCACUUGGCCAAUACUGUCAAGAAUUCUUAUAUUUCCGAUUGUUCCGUACAUGAUUCCUUCUACCGUUGCAUCACCAUUCAUGGUACAAACAAUUUAACAGUAACAAGAAACACUGCUUUCAAUGCAUAUGGACAUUGCUAUUACUUGGAGGAUGGUGUCGAAGAGAACAACACAAUCUCUUACAAUUUGGGUGCCUAUAUUAAAACCAUUGGUACUCCAGCGGCUGGAACUACACAACAAGGCGAAUGGUUCUAUGAAAGUGAUGACCUAAAACAACCUGCUGAUGUUGCUGCAAGCCCAUUUUAUAUUACCAAUUGUUAUAAUAGAUUCAUUGGAAAUGCUGCAAGUGGUGGUUGGGCUGGAUUUAGUUUUCCAAAUCUUUAUAAACCAAUUGGAAAUCAUAAAACUGUUAAUAUUGUCCCUGCUUCUAGACCUUUCCUAGAGUUUAAUGGAAAUUCAGGACAUUCUUCAGGUUUCUAUUUCAAUUUUGGUGGAACUUUUUAUGUCGGUGGUAAUCUUUCACAUUCGUUGGUAGAUGGUACACUGAUUUACAAUUCCGGUAGAACAUCACGUCAAACCUUGACUUCAUCUGGUAAUAUUGCAUUCUUGACCUUUACCAAUACCAAAGUAUUCCUUUCUCAUAUGGGUGUCGCUCAUUGGGGUGAUACAGUUGAGGUAAUCGGUUUGGAAUCGCAUGAUUCCAGUCGUCCUGCUACUUUGUUUGGUCAGGCAUGGCUCCACAAUGCAAUCGUUAAUGGACAAACCCAAAAUGCUCUCUCUCGACUCGACACUUACACCAGACAAGGUUUCCAAUUCUACGAUACCUUGGUUCAAACAGUUCUCAGUAACAUUCAAUUUAGAAAUUUCAUUCACAAUCCAAAUGCACCAAACCCAGAAGAAGAUAACUCUGCUAUUGUUGGUAUUACAUUCUCUGAUGUCUAUAAACCACAAGGUAUCUCUGCAACCAAGAACAUAUCGUAUGUCAAUGUACCAGAUUCUCAGAUUGUCGGAUUAAACGUAAUUCCAACCGGAGCAUCAAGAUUCUUUAACUUUAUGGAUUGGGAUGGUAGUGCAACAAAGCGAGGUGUUCCAACUCUUUUAGGAUCCACUCCAAACUGGUGGAAUUUCCAUAGCUCCUGUUCAUUCCAAAACAACUGGAAAACAUGGCUUUGUAACAAGGUUCCAGGUUAUGAGAUUGCCAGUUUGUUCUUUAGAGUUCCUGGAUUCAUCGAGUGGAACGAGUCCUAUCCUGGAUGGCCACUCACACCCAUUGGUAAUUUCUCAUUGUUUGGUAAUGGAAUUACCGAUCGUCGCACUAUCCCAUUCACUCAGAAUCCAGGUAUGACCGGUAUGUCCAAUUUCGGUUGGUACAUGUAUACCUUUAGAGGAUCACCAACUUUCAUUGAGUUCCAUCUACUCCAGAUUCCAUUCAACAAUCACAUCAUCAUGGCUAUUCCAUACCCAGCUGGAACCACAUUCUCUAUAGUUGCCUACUACUAUGAAGAGAGUCGUACUUUCACACCAGUAUCAAGUUUGGCAACACUUCGUGCUGGUUCAGGUCAGAACUUCUAUUUCGAUGGUGUCAAUCUAUAUAUUAAAUUUGUAGAUUUGGCAGCAACAGGUAGUUCAGAUGAGUAUUUUGAAAGAAAUGGAGUUCGUGUUUACGGUGUAAACUGGGGUUUGUAUGUACAUAUCCAUGCUAAUUGUGCAGGUGCAGUCAAUGAUGUAUGCCCAGUUACACCUGAUAUCUUACCAUACAUGGUAUAG